AAAUUGAAAAUUCGAAAUGUCAAAUUUGCGUCUAUGGCCAUGAAAUUAGCGUCUCUGAUUGAUAUUUUUAUGAAAAUAAAUGUGAAAUUCUUUCGAGAUGGCUACUCAAACGGUAGCUACGAAGAGCAAGGGUCCAAUAUUCGAUCCUGGCCUUUGUAGGUGUUGCCGUUCGAUAAAGAAAUGUCGACUUUUGUCAUUUGAAUACGAAUGGAGCGGAAAAAAGGAAGUUUAUUCUGAUAUGUUUAUGGACUGUUUCGGUUUAUUGUUGUCACACCUGGACGGAGACAGCAAGGAGUCCUGUAUAUGUGCGACCUGUGUGACGAGGCUCCGCGACGCCUGCGCGUUCAGGCAGCAGGUGCUUCAGUGCGAGGAUGCGUUCCUUAGCGCGAAACUCGAGAGCAAAGACGUGGACCGAAAACUUGAGGUGAAAGUGAAGACAGAACCCGUAUGCGAAAUGGAAUUAGAUGAUGAAAUGGACGACCGAGAUGAUCUCCAUGAGGCAGAAAUCGAGCAGAAGAUUGAUAUAAACUUACCAGAGACAAAAAUGGAAGUAGAGGACGGUAAUCGCGGGAGACGGCAGAAGAUGAAACGUGAGCUGUUGAGCAAGAUGCACAAGCUGCGGGAGAAAUUGGACAGGAUGCUGGAGAAGCCCGUAGCCGACCCACCGAAGAAGUCGAAGGCGAGCGUCAACAAAAAAAAGAAACUGUCCAUAGACCACGACCAUAUGGUGUACGCAAACGCGGUGACCAUAGUGCAGAACUCCUACGUAUGCCCCUUCCAUAAUAGAAUCAGCAAUUACUAUUGUUACUACUGCAAAGACCAGUUCCUCAAUCCCAACGAACUGAGAGAGCACACGUUGUCCCACGACCCCAGAGACAUGUUCGAGAGUAUGAUGGAGAACAAGAAGAUCCCCAAAAUCGAUAUCACCAGAAUCGAUUGUCGAUUGUGUGACGUGAAAAUCGACGACUUGCCAACGUUCAAAGACCACAUCACUAAUGUACACGGGAAAAAAAUGUAUCCGGUCGACAACGAAUUUCUCAAAUUUCGUUUGUCCACAAACAAUUUGACGUGUACAGAGUGCAAUAGUGUAUUCCCAUAUUUUGAUAUGUUAAAAAAACAUAUGAUAGAACAUUUCGGCACAUAUAUAUGUGACGUGUGCGGCGCGUGCUUCCUCGAGCAGAACUCUUUACGGACCCACAUCAAGUCGCACAGUAAAGUCGAGGCGAAUUUCCCGUGUGAAGUGUGCGGGAAAAAUUUGAAAUCCAAAUACAGUAGAUACCUUCACAUUGCGACGGUGCACGAGAAGAAGCCGACGGUCAAUUGUUACAAAUGCGAGGCCAGUUUCCUGUCUUACGCGCUGAGGAACAGGCACUUGAUCGAAGUGCACGGGGACAAACGCACGUUCCCGUGUAAAUUGUGCGAUAAAGUGUACAAUAGGAGGAAAACGUUGAUGGAACACAACAGGAGGAAUCAUCUUAAAGUGUACAGGCAUCAGUGUGAUUUGUGCGAACAGAGGUUCUACCUGCCGUCCAGGUUGAAAGAACAUAUGGCCACCCACACGGGCGAGAGGAAUUUCCGCUGCGAAUUCUGUGAUAAGAGCUAUCCGAGGCUCCAGUCGCUACAGGAGCAUAUAAGAUCUCACAGUAACGAUAGGAGAUACAAAUGUAAUGUUUGCAACUCAUCGUUCACCCAGAAUGGUAGCCUGAAGAACCACAUGAAGAGUCACCACCAAGGAUUCGAGAUGAAUAGUAAUUUUUGAAGUAGCCAAUUUUUUAUUUUUUGACGGGUGAAAAUGGUAUGGCAACCCCGCCUGCGCUAAUGGGAUACGCUGGCGGAGCACCAGUGAAGGGUGAUAGAUGAGAAUGAAAACAGGCCAGUUAGCCCAUCGUGAUGAAUUCAUCAGGAAUUAACCAUGAUAGUUUCCAGGGGAACCGCAAGGAGGUCGACCUGGUUGGGUAUAUUGCUAGUAAUGGGAUUCUCAGUCUCCAUUACUAACAAUCCCUUUCCCCCCUGAAGUAGCAAGUUUUGUAAUUAAUGAAAAUGGUAGCCCGGUUAGUAUAUGCUGGCUUGGCAUUUGUAAGAGAUGACAGGCGAACAUGAAGGCAGGUUAGUUGAAGAAACUUUGUAUCAGCCAUUUAGCUGUCCACUGCUGCUGCUUUUGUGAUGUUUUAAGAAGGAUAUUGCUGCCUGUACAACUCUGCCUCUAGGUCCUUAAAAAGAGUUAUGGCCACAGUGAAGUCGGAGCAUAUUGGUUGAAUAGGCAAGAGAUCGCCUAGUCAACCUUCAAAAUCGGGGGGAAAGGGAUUGUUAGUAAUGGGGUCAAAUAGCCCCAUUACUAGCAGUAUAUCCUGUCAGGUCGACCUCCACGUGGUUCCCCCUGGAAACCAUCGUGAACAAUUCUUGUUGAAUUCGUCACGAUGGGCUAACUGGCCUGCUUCAUCCUCACCUAUCAUCCCUCACUGGUGCCCCGCAGGUGUAUACCGAUAGCGAGGGUGGAGUUACCAUUCCAUUAUCAUCCAUUAAAAAAAAACCUGCCACAAACUAAAAUUCCAUCCCCAUCAUCUGGACGAGUGGCGGUCUUCCACCGUGCGUUUUUCAAAGCACUUUCUUCCACGCACAACCACUCUUUGGUAUCAACUUCCAGCAGCAGUAUUUCCGAACCGAUACGACAACAUAACCUUCAAGAAAAGAGUAUAUUCCUUUAUAAAAGGCCGGCAGCACACCUGCAAUGCCCCUGGUGUUGCGGGUAUAUGGGCGGUAGUAGUCACUUACCAUCAGGUGAGCCGCAUGCUCGUUUGGCCUGUGUUAAAAAAAGGGUCCGUGCGAAGGUCGACCUGACAAUAUAUCGCUAACAAUGGGGCCGGUAGUCUCUUAAGACUCAUCCGUUAACCUUUAAAGAUCUUUGAGCCAUAUUUUUUUUAUUUGAUUAUUUUAAAGCUAAUGUGGCAAUUUAUAACCAUAUAGUGGCGCCAUCUACCCUCAUUAUAGUGUAAUAUAUUGUAAUAAAUUAUUUAAAUUAUUA